UUCCGGCUCUUAUACCGGGGAGUUUGUCGUCAUCACCACCACUAGAUCCCCCCCCCUCUGCUCGGUUCCCUAAGUGCACGCCACAGUCUCGGUGUGUGCAGUUCAGCGCGGGCCAACACACUGGAAGCAGCUUCAGUUUGGCGUGUAGAGAGGACGACGCUGAGAAAUGCCCGGCCGCCUCGCUGGAGCUCAGCUCUGAGCACUUUUCCUCUGCAUUUUUUGGGGCUUUUCAGAGUUAACAACUGAAGGGGAAAGUUAGAAAAGUUGCAUCCCCUCACAUUUUAACUCGAGCUAUGGAUUGUAUAUAUUUAUUGAUGUGGUUUUCAUUUUGUCAAGUAUAUUUAGAAACUAUUUUGGCUGCAGAAUCAGAUGAAAAACUCUCUGGAAAGUUAAGUGAAUAUGGUCUUAUGGUGCCAAUCAGCACAGACUCCCAUGGCAGAUACAUUUCUCACGUGGUUUCUGGUGGAAGUAAAAGUGAGGCUGCUGCUGAAAAUCUUUCAGCCUCUGGCAGUGGAAGAAGGGUGGCCCGCAGUGUCCCCCCAAUACCAUCAGUCACCUCUAGCUCAGGUCACCACCUUUUUUUCAAUGUCACCUUGUUUGGGAAAGAGCUUCACCUUCGCCUCAGGGCCAACAAGAGGUUGGUGGCCCCUGGGGCUUUCGUGGAAUGGCAGGAGGAUUUUGAGGAAAAGACAAAGGAACACAUCCAUGGGGACUGUGUCUUCACUGGUGAUGUGACUGACAUGCCAGAGGCCUCUGUGGCUAUCAGCAACUGUGAUGGACUGGCAGGCCUGAUCCGCACCGAUAAUGGCGAGUUUUUCAUCGAACCACUUGAGAAAGGCCAACAGGAUGUGGAAGUAAAGGGUCGAGUGCAUGUGGUCUACCGCAGAUCGGCCAUCAAGCAGGAGACAGCCCAGCGGAAUGAGGACUUUCACAAUGAAGUGGCAGAUGUUGGUAUUGCAGACCUCCCCGCAGCUCUGGAUCUGGUUGAACAUAAACUAUCUGAGUCAGAGCGCAAAAGGAGGCAUGCAAAAACAGACGACUACAAUAUCGAGGUUCUGCUGGCUGUGGAUGACUCUGUGAUACGUUUCCACGGCAAGGAGCAUGUGCAGAAUUACGUCCUGACCCUAAUGAACAUUGUUGAUGAGAUCUACCACGAUGAAUCUCUGGGAGCCAACAUCAACAUUGUGCUAGUCCGUAUGAUAAUGGUCGGGUAUAGGCAGUCUGUAAGCCUGAUUGAGCGGGGCAACCCAUCCCGCAGUCUGGAACAGGUGUGCCGAUGGGCCAACUCUCAGCAGCGCCACGACCCUGAGCAUGCAGAGUACCACGAUCACGCCAUCUUCCUCACAAGGCAAGAUUUUGGUCCCGCAGGUAUGCAAGGUUAUGCUCCAGUUACUGGCAUGUGUCACCCGCUUAGGAGCUGCACCUUGAAUCAUGAAGACGGCUUCUCCUCUGCCUUCGUGGUUGCUCAUGAAACAGGUCAUGUGCUAGGUAUGGAGCAUGAUGGCCAAGGGAAUCGUUGUGCUGACGAAACCAGUAUGGGCAGCAUCAUGGCUCCACUUGUCCAAGCAGCUUUCCAUCGUUAUCACUGGUCACGCUGCAGCAAACAGGAGCUCAACAGAUAUAUUCACUCCUAUGACUGUCUUUUGGAUGAUCCCUUUGAACACAAGUGGCCCAAGCUCCCUGAGCUUCCUGGAAUUAAUUAUUCAAUGGAUGAGCAGUGCCGUUUCGAUUUUGGUGCCGGUUACAAAAUGUGCACAGCUUUUCGAACCUACGAUCCUUGUAAGCAGCUGUGGUGCAGCCACCCAGACAACCAGUAUUUCUGUAAAACGAAAAAAGGUCCUCCUGUAGAUGGGACAGAGUGUGCACCUGGAAAGUGGUGCUUCAAGGGUCAUUGCAUCUGGAGGUCCAGUCAAGAACCGCAGGGACAUGACGGAAACUGGGGCUCAUGGUCAAAGUUUGGAUCGUGUUCCAGGACAUGUGGAGGUGGUGUUCGCUCUCGCAGCAGACAGUGCAACAACCCUCCGCCUGCCUACGGUGGUCGGGACUGCUCGGGCUCUGCUUUUGACUACCAGAUGUGCAACACGGAGGAGUGCGCUGGCCCUUAUGAAGAUUUCCGUGCUCAGCAAUGCAUCCAGCGGAGCAACAAAUACCACAACAACAAAAAGCACACCUGGCUGCCUUACGAGCACCCGGAUGAGGCCCGUAAAUGUGAACUGAGCUGUAAGUCGAAAGACACCGGAGAGGUGGUGUUUAUGAACCAGGUGAUGCACGAUGGGACGAGGUGCAGUUACACAGACCCCUUCAGCGUCUGUGCUCGAGGAGAGUGUCUGCAUGUAGGCUGCGACAAAGAGGUCGGCUCAUACAAAGAAGAGGAUAAAUGUGGAGUUUGUGAGGGGGAUAACUCUCACUGUCGUACUGUGAAGCUGACACUCACUAAGACCCCUAAAAAGAAUGGAAUGCUUAAAAUGUUUGACAUCCCAAUGGGAGCCCGACACAUAAUUAUUGAAGAAAACAAUACCUCCCCUCACAUAAUUGCUGUAAAGAAUCAAGUUACCGGGCACUUCAUAUUAAAUGAAAAAAGCGAAGAUGCUGAAUCAAAGACCUUCAUCGAAAAUGGUUUACAGUGGGAAUACUCCAUUGAUGGAGAGAGGGAGACAUUAAAAACAACUGGUCCUCUGCAUGAAGGCAUUGUAGUUCUGGUCAUUCCACUGGAAGAAGAUGUCAAAAUUAGUUUGACUUAUAAGUACAUAAUACAUGAGGACCUGUUGCCAUUGAUCACCAACAACAAUGUGCUUCUUUCUGAGCUGGAUACGUACGAGUGGGCACUGAAAAGCUGGUCUCAGUGCUCCAAACCUUGUGGCGGUGGUAUACAGUACACAAAAUAUGGAUGCAGGAGGAAGAGUGAUGGUCGUUUAGUCCAUAGAAACUUUUGUGAAACCAGCAAAAAGCCCAAACCUAUUCGCAAACGCUGCAAUGUUCAAGAGUGCAACCAGCCCACGUGGAUAAUGGAAGACUGGAGCCCAUGCAGUAAGACCUGCGGGAAGGUCGGCUACCAGACCAGAGUGGUGCAGUGCAUGCAGCCACUCAACAAUGGCACCAGCCGGACUGUCCACAGUAAACACUGCACAGGCAAUCGGCCAGAGAUAAGGAGAGUGUGUAACUACACCGCAUGCCCCUCUCAGUGGAGGACUGGGGCGUGGUCUGAGUGCUCAGUGACAUGCGGCGAAGGGAUUCAGGAAAGGCAGGUGGCCUGCAAGGCCAGCGACAGUACCUUGACAGAAUGCGAGGGAGAUAAGCCGGAAACAGUCAUUAUCUGCAAGCUAAGUCCAUGUCCAGAUAAUUCUACAAUAAAGGAUGAAGCUGCAAUCCACGAUGUUUCUCCACGAUCUUCUAAUGAGCCAUGUUUGGGGGAUAAAUCAAUUUUCUGUCAAAUGGAAGUUUUGGCCCGUUACUGUUCCAUCCCUGGAUACUAUAAGCUUUGUUGUGAGUCAUGCAACAAAAAGGAAAGCUUCGCAACACACGUUCCUGACUCCAGGUCCAAGACUGGGCCAGAGACUUCCACACGGUCUCAUUCUGCCUCAGCCAAGAAAUUGUGGCUGGCAACCACCACUCAGGGCCUGCCGCAAACCACUAAAGCCAUGAGACAACGAUUGUUCUCCACCACCCCCGUGCCAAACACGGCUGACACUGCUAAGGUUCUUCCACCAACAGAUGCUACUCUGUACCCACACCCCACCAGCGACUCCUUUCCAAAUGAAGAGAGGAGAGAUUCCCAUGCGGAUACUCAUCUACCUCCAGGGCCACCACAGCCCACACCAGACUUAAGUAGAGGUGUUUUGAAAAGGCACAGUCUUAAGAGUACUUUAGGCCCUGUUGCCAUUAGGUCUAAAAAGGACAAUUUAGGAUCAGAGAGGGACUCGAAUCACAGAACCCCAUCGGCUCUGCCAUGAACAGUGAGCAAUGCUGUGAGUGUAAGUGUACUGAUCUGAAGAAUCAGCUCACUUCUUCUCUCCCUUUGUUUUUUAACAUGUUUUUCUCCAUGCCAGUGAACCCUAACAAGCCCAGUGGUGGUUACCUCAUCAAAACCUCAGAGCAAAACGUGUGUAGCCUCUGCACACACUCUGCCCUCUGGUCAUAAAAUAUGAAGCAGAAGAAAAACAAUGUCAAAACAGCGGUGCUGUAAACUAAUCAGACUACAGGGCGUGUUCAAAAUGUGAUGACUGCAUAGCUACAUUCAUGUUUUAAUCUGUGCACAGAUGUGUAAGCCUCUUUUUUUCAAGUGCUUUAGAACUACUAUUGAACUUGGAUUGUGAAAAUGUUGGUGCAUGUGCCCACCAUACUUUCAUUAGUGUGCCACCAGAAUAAUUAUUAACCUUUUUCAAAAGAGAAUUAUAAGGAUUACACCAAGAGAAAUAUAAUUAUCUCAUCAUGUGCCAAUUAAUCUUUAAAGUGUGCUUUAUUGUUUUUUGGCUGGUUUUCUACUGCUCAGUUUAAUCUAAUAAUUGAUUCCCCUAAGGAUGCACCAUGAAAAGCUUUCUUUUUUGCUUGGCAGCCAAUAUGGAUUUUAACUAAUUAAAGUCUCUUUGCUAGGGAUGCAAUUUAAUUAUCAAUUUUCCUAAUAGAAUUUGAAUAUUUACUUGGAGGUCAGAUUAGUAUGACAUCAUGCGUCAGUUGAUCUAGCCUUAGCUUGGAAACCCUGAGUUUUCAGUUUCAUAAAGCUGCAGUUUAAUCAACUCUAAGUAGGUUCACUCAGAGUUGAACACUGGCGUAUCAAUUAUGAAACGUCAUUAUUAGUGGAGUCCUGAUUCAAGGAGUCACCAUGACUACAGAAAACAGGAGGUGCCUAUUUCACCCCACUGGAACUAGUUUUAUGCAGAAAUGAAAGUAAUAAAUGGAGAAUGCAUGUGAAAGACAGAGCAACGGCACUUGAUCUGCAAAGGAAGGGUAAAUGAUGAAGGAGAAGAUUGCUUCUUGAGUUGAUGCAUAUGAUUAUAUAAAGUCUUCUAAGUAGAAUGUUUUUACAUUUAUUAAAAAUACUCUCCUCUCAGUUGUCCCAUUUGUAGAUAACUAAAAUAAGAUUCUCCCUGGUCAAAAUCACCUAGUUGGACCUGUAACAAUAUAGUUUCUAAAUUACAUUUUUGCCAUCGAAAACUGAAUUUCAUAAAGUACAAAAUACAAAAUGGGAAUUCAAUUCGGUUCAGUUUAAUUAUAUAUCGCCAAUUCACAACACAUGUCAUCUCAAGGUACUUUACAGUUCAACAGAUCAUACAGUGAUCUGGAUGAGCUAAGGAU